AGCAGUGAGAGUGAAUCAGUGUUUUUCUUCAGAACACUGAGGAGUGGACUUCAGAUUUUUAGAAACCCAAACAUAUCGAGGAAAAAAAAGAGCAUCUCUUGAAAGGGAUUUGGAGAAGAUCACUGAAAAGUCAAUUGGAUUUGUCCAGCAGGUUAACUUGAAAUAGCCUACAGAGGCUAGUCUGCUGGGGGACACAGGCCAUGGACGCGUGGCGAGUGCACAGUGAUGAAUGUGCUUGACGACUUCUGUGCAGGUUUUUCAUUAUUUUAUCAGGAUUAUUUUUUGCCUCCUUGUGUUUAACAUUAUGGGUCAAGGACAGAGUGACACAGAUAAGGAAGUGACUCUUCAAAACAUCCAGGAGCUCUACCGUAAGUUUGCUAGUGAAUGUCCAAGUGGCAAUCUGCACUUACAUGAGUUCAAGAAAAUCUUUGGAAUCAACAGCAACUCCACAGAAGAAGAAUCUGCAUAUAUGGACAACGUGUUUCGAUCCUUUGAUACAAAUAAGGAUGGUCACAUAGACUUCAUGGAGUAUGUGGCAGCUGUGCACCUCGUUCUUCGUGGAAAACUCGAGGACAAACUGAGAUGGUCUUUUAAAGUUUAUGACAGAGAUGGAAACGGCCGUCUGGAUAGACAGGAAGUGAGACACCUUGUCAAAAUCAUCUCCAAGUUAAAGAGGCAUAAAGAUCCGAGUGUCACCGAGAAUGUUGACGAUAUCUGCAACAGAAUAUUUGAACUGGUGGAUAAAAAUAAAGACAGUCAGAUUUCUUUGGAGGAAUUUAUCGAGGGGGCUGAAAAGGACCCCUGGGUGAUGGAUCAGCUCAAACUGGACAUCGAGCCCUGUGGUUGGUUCAUUGUACAGCAGGAAAAGAAAACCUGA